AUGUGAAUUUUGCAUUGCAGCCCAACCCAAUACGUGGGCUGGGUCUGGCGUGAAACCACAUUAACCACGGCUAACAUUAUGGAGGAUGAAUAUGUUGUUGUAUUGAAGUACAAAGCAAACAAGGAACAAAGCGAGUUAGAAGGAUGUGACAGGUCUUCUGUCAGCCUAGAGGUUAAAAGAAAAGCUCCAGAAACACGUUAUUUCCAUCCAAACCAUUGGAGCUAUGGUAGUAUCUUACUAGCAUUGACAUGUUUCACAAUAUUUAUUGGAAAUUGCUGCAAUGAGAGUCCAGGAGGAUUGGAGGACAUUAUCAUCAAAGUAAUGGGUAUUGAUACCACACAAUACAACCUGCUCUUUCUUGUCACUACAUGGCCUAACAUAUUUGUGCCAGUAAUAGGAGGAGUGAUAGCUGAUAGGGUAUUAGGACCGAGAUCAAGUUAUCUGAUUGUGGUACUCAUCACAACACUGGGUCAAAUUAUUUGGUCUGUUGGCAGUUUCAUCAAUUAUUUCUGGGUCGUUUUAAUUGGUCGAUUUUUUAUUGGUGCUGGAGCAGCUACUAUUAUAUCAGUUGCAAUAAUAUUCCAGUUUAAAUGGUGUGACAGGAAGUAUCUCACGUUUGGACUGUCUGUAAGUUCAACAAUGGCAAGGCUUGGAGCAGCUGUUGGGCUUUCGCUACCUCAAUUUAUAUACAAUGAGUUACAUUACAUUAGUAACCCUUCAUACAGGCUUGGCACUACUGUUAUGGUUGGUGUUGCUGGUGCAUUUAUUGCAGUAAUAGUUACUGUCAUCAUUGUAAUUAUGGAUAAGUUUAGCAGCAAAAAAUUCACCAAAAGCAAUAAAGUUAAAUGCAGUGAUGCAAAGCAUUUUUCACUUCAUUUCUGGAUUGCUGCAUUAUUGACUAUUUAUUAUUCAGUUGUGUUAGGAUUUGCAGGCAUAGGGCAAGUAUUUUAUGCCCAGAAGUACAGGCUGUCAUUAAGAGCAGCAAGCCUAGCUAAUUCUUUAGUAUUCAGUGCAGCCAUACUUCUGACACCAGUGAUGGGGUAUGUAAUAAAUGCUAUUGGGUAUCAUUUACUAUGGACAAUAUCAGGCAUAGCUAUUGCAGUAAUUGCUCAUUUCAUUCUACUGCUAAGCAAUCCAGGAUUGACUUACAUGCCAUAUGUUGCUAGUAUCAUUUAUUCAAUUUCCUAUACAUUAUUCAGCUCAUCGUUUUGGCCUCUUAUUGGAUUUCUUGUUGAAGGUAACCAAGUUGGAACGGCAUAUGGAAUUGUUUUAGGCGUUCAUAACCUUUUUUGGGGUCUCCUGGCAAUUGUUUCUGGUGUCAUCAUUGAUAAGAAUGGUUACUUUGUGUUAGAGAUGAUGUACUCGUUGCUAUCAUAUCUAGUGCUAAUGGUAUCAGUGUUACUGUUAAUGAUUGAUCUCGUAUCAAAGGGAUCAGUCUUGCUUUUACCUGGGACUUGUACUGCAAAAAGAAAAGAAAAAAAUAUCUCCACAAAGGAAAAAAUUAAACAAUAAAUCUAUUCUUUAUUUUCAUGCUUUGUUUCACUAGCAUUCAGUAUUCUCUCUACUCUAGCUGGUAGUUUUUAUAGUAGUCUAUUUUGCGUGGGAUGUGUAUUUACAUUGUAGCCCCUCCCCAUAACCAGAUUUGCUAAACCACUGCUGACAUGGAGGAAGAAGAGGUCAUUGUACUGAAAUACAAAGCAAACAAGGAACAAAGCGAGUUAGAAGGAUGUGACCAGUCUUCUAUCAGCCUAGAAGUAAAAAGUAAAGCUCCAGAAACACGUUAUUUCCAUCCGAACCAUUGGAGCUAUGGCAGUAUCUUGCUAGCAUUGAUAUGUUUCACAGUAUUCAUUGGAUAUUACUGCAAUGAGAGUCCAGGAGGACUGGAGGACACUAUCAUCAAAGUAAUGGGUAUUGAUGCCACACAAUAUAACCUGCUCUUUCUUGUGACCACAUGGCCUAACAUAUUUGUAUCAGUAAUAGGAGGAGUGAUAGCUGAUAGGAUACUAGGACCGAGAUCAAGUUAUCUGAUCGUGAUGGUCAUUAUAACAUUUGGUCAAUUUUUUUGGUCUGUUGGUAGUUUUGUUAAUUAUUUUUGGAUUGCUUUGAUUGGUCGAUUUGUGAUUGGUGUUGGAGCAAUGAUUUCUGCCUCAAUUUCGAAAAUAUUUAUUUUCAAAUGGUGCGGGAAAAAGUACGCAACACUUGGUCUGUCUUUGAAUACCACAGCAGCAAGGCUGGGAGCAGCUGUUGGGCUAUCGCUACCUCAGUUUAUAUACAAUGAGUUUCAUUAUAUUAAUAACUCUUCAUACAGGCUUGGUGCUACUGUUAUGGCUGGUGUUGCUGGCAUGAUAAUUGGUUUGAUAGUUACAGUUGUCAUGAUAAUAAUGGAUAAAUUUAGAAGCAGUGAUCUCACAGCUAAAACCAGUAAAGUAAAAUGCAGUGAUGUGAAGCAGUUUUCACCCCGCUUCUGGAUUGCUGCAAUUAUAAUGAUGUAUUAUGCUCUUGUCUAUGAAUUCUCAGGCAUAGGGCAAGUGUUCUAUGCCCAGAAGUACGGCCUGUCAUUAAGAGCAGCAAGCCUAUCUAAUUCCUUAGUAUUCAGUGCAACCAUACUCCUGACACCAGUGAUGGGUUAUGUAGUAAAUGCUAUUGGGUAUCACUUACUAUGGACAAUAUUGGGUCUAGCUAUUGCAGUAAUUGCUCACCUCAUUCUACUGCUAAGUAAUCCAGGAUUGACUUACAUACCUUACGUUGCUAGUAUUAUUUAUUCUAUAUCUUACACUAUAUUUGGUCCUUCGUUUUGGCCUCUUGUUGGUUUUCUUGUCGAAAGUAAUCAAAUUGGAACGGCUUAUGGGAUUUAUUUUGGUUUUCAGAAUCUUUUCUGGGGUCUCCUGGCAAUUGUUUCUGGUGUCAUUAUUGAUAACAAUGGCUACUUUGUGUUAGAGAUAAUGUACUCGUUGCUGUCAUUUCUAGUGCUAAUGGCAUCAGUGUUAGUGUUAAUGAUUGAUUUGGUAUCAAAGAAAUCAGUCGGGAUUUUACCCGGAACUUGUACUGCAAAAA